CCGCCGGCCCCGCACCACGGCCCGCUGCCAUGCUGCAAGGGCAGGAGCGAGCAUCCCGCCGACCCCAAUGGUGCUCUCGCGUCGUCUGGUGCUAUCGACCAAAACCCAAGCACUUUCCAAGAAAACCAAGCUGUUUUUCCGUCUAGUUUACACUCGCCUAGUAUGCCAAAGCCAGUCGGUAAGAGGCAAGCCUCAGCGAAAGACAGUGUCGCCAGCCCGCGGCUGCUGGUCCAGAGCAGCCCUCUGAGAAGGAACAUGCCACCAAACUCUCUCCCCCAAGUGCACUUUCAGAGCAAAGCCUAUUACAGUUCCCCCGCGGGCAGCGCCAGUGCAGGAUCCGUGCCUUUCGAGACAAGCAUUCCCACUACGGCACCCACCCACCCCAGGCUUGUGCAAGCUUGGGAAGGUGCCACUAAGGCGUUUUCUCCCAUGGAUCAGAAUUCAGCACCUUAUUCAAACCCUGUUGGAAACCAGUUCUCAUUCGAGUGCCAGUCUGGCCCCGAGCAGAGGCAGCACAGGCAGAAAAAUGCCAGGAUGCCUUGGCAGCAAAUACACCUCACUUCUGCAAUGCCCGGUCAAAACAGGCUAGAGCUGUCGAGACAGAUCACCAGCCAGAAGCUCCCCUUCCCCCUGGGCACGUCGGAGUGGCAGGGGAGCGGGAAGGCCCAGAAAGGGUCCCCCGUAAAACUCUCCCCAGGGUAUCACGGUAAAAAGCUCUUGUCGGGAGAGAGCCUCGGGGUCCAGGGGGGAAAAGCCUUCUUCUACGGCAUCGGUCAAGCAGGUCCUCCUCCCUCCAGGAGCUCGUCGGGCUCAACGCUGGUCCUGCCGCCGUCAGCCUUGGUGGCUGCCUCGCCUUGCGAGUCCCCGCUGCCGUCCCCUGUCCCCAACCCCACCUGUGGCAGCACCUGCUCGUCGCUCUCCCCCACGUCCAGCAGCCCCCUCAACCCCAGCUUUGAAGACAGCCAGAUGUCCGGAGCGCUGACACCCUCUCCCUUCUUCCAGCACCCCUGCCAUCCCAAGGACGGCAACAAACCCUUCCACCCCUCCGAUGUCCUGAGCUCCAGCUCGCUUCAUUACCACCCCCCGGACUCCAUGAAGACCUUCCACUUCCCUCCUGAUGCCCUGAAAGAGGACAACCUCCUGAAAUGCGCUCCGGCAAGCCCGUUCCACAAACCCGGCGUGGAGGUGGCAAAAGGAUGCUCGGAUGGGCUGGAUGGGGAGCAGCCUCCGCCGCCGUACUCCUCCCAUCACUUGCUGGCCAGCUCACUCAGCAGCGCCAGCCUGGAUCAGCUGGACGUGCUCCUGACCUGCAAGCAGUGCGACCAGAACUACAGCAACCUCUCCUCCUUCCUGCAGCACCGCCAGUUCUGCGCCUCCCAUCCCGCUCCCCAGGGAGAGGGCAAGGAUGCUCCCCGGGUAGCCGAGGGGCGGAAAGCGCUCCCCCCGGAGCCCCACAAGGCCCCCAGCCUGGGGCUCUCUCCGGACCCCCAGGCGCAUUUGUUGGCGUUAAACAAGAGCGAUGACUUCUUGCUGGAUGGGGAAAGCAAAAGCGAGGGCAAGGAAGAUGCUCUGAAGGGUGGCCUCUUCAACGGCCUUGCCGCCAGCUCCCUGCCACUCACCGCCUCGGACCUGGACAUUGACGAUGCCAAGCUGGACAGCCUGAUCACCGAAGCCCUCAACGGCCUGGGGUACCAGUCAGAUAACCCAGAGAUCGACAGCAGCUUCAUAGACGUGUUUGCCGAUGAGGAGCUGACGGGCAUGAAGGCAGCCAGUGGCGGGAUGUCCCACAAGGCGAAGGAAGCCCUGGCCUCAGAGAGCAAAUCAAAGCAGGCAGGAGUGGAGGAGAAGGCAGUGGGCCAGCCCAAGGCUGGCUAUUUUUACGAGGACGGCCACCCAGGUGGGGAGCAGGUGAAGAGAGGGGCAGGAAAGCAGCACCUUCACAAGGGGAGGGCGGCACGGAGGUUGGCAGCCCAGGAGCCGGAUCCCGGGGCAGCGGGAGCAGAGCGGACGGCCAGGCUGCGGGCAGGCAGGAAUAGCAGCGUCCCACCAGCCACCACUCCUCCAACCAGCCAAAAGCAUCCCAGGAAGCUCAGCCAGGAGCCUCCGACGAAGAGCGAGGCGGGGCCGGGUGUUGCCACCAAGAGCUCCAAGCCGCCCCGGUUCUCUAUGAAGGACAUGAAGAAGCGGAAGCCCCGAAGCGGGACGUGGAGCAAGGAGCUCAUUCACAAGAUCGUGCAGCAGAAGAACAAGCUCCACAAACUGCAGGUGAAGAGCAGCAAGCAGGUGCAGUUCCCCCAGGUCACCGAGAGGCUGCUGCCAGCCGCCAAGGAGGGCAGGUUUCGGGAGUACGACUACGUCUCCGACUCGGAUGAUGAUGGGGCAGAGUGCAGCAAGCUCCGGGGGAGGAAGAAGCAUGGCACGGGAUUCAUCGGGAGGACCAAGUACAGCUUUAGCAAGAAACGCCUGGGAAGAAGCGAGAGAGGCAAAGAGAAAGACCCGGCCUGGAGCUAUAACCAGAAAAGGGACGGUCAGAAAAGGGAGGCACAGGAGCACAGGGGGGUCCCGAGCCAGGAGGAUGCCGAGAAAGAGGAUUGUGCGGCCAGAGUCCGAAGGCGGAGCAGCCAGUCAUCUGCUGGCAGCAACCACAGCGGUAGCGUGCCCGGCGAGAUGGGCCCCAGCCCACCCCGCGCUGAUGGGGCCGGCUCAGGCAGCGAGAAGGGAGGCACGCGGAGGAGGAGGCGCUCGGGCAGCCCAGCGCGCUCGCCAAGGACUCCUCUCAGCCUUCCCGCGGCCAGCAGCCCAAAGAAGAGCCAGAAGAGCAAAGAGGACUUUUCCAGGGGGAGCAGGCGGUUUGGCUCAGCCAAACCUUUGCUAGCAGGCUCCAGGACACGUCUGAGUACUGAACCAGAUGUUGCUGCGAUGGACUGUGCAAAGGAGGAGCCGUUACCGCAGCCCCAGGAAAGGCAGCUGCCCAGCACGGCCGCCUCGGGCAGGAGCCCUGUCGGGCUCUCCUGUAAGGAGGGGGCAGAAGAGCCCAAAGGAGCAGCAAAGCACACGGGUGAGGCAGGAGAACCCACCCUGGAGGCUCAGGACUCACCCGAGCUGACCAUGGUCAACCAGAGGCAUCAGUUUGCCCCUUUCACGAGUGAUGGGCUGAAGUACCAUGCAGAAGAGGUAAUUGCUCCAUCCCACGGCAGUAACGAAGCUAGUCCCGGCAACGUGAGUGCUGCCUACUCGGAAGCGGGCAUCAAAUACUUGAAGGCACACGGGCUCUGUGACGGUCGGAAGGACUAUCCCGCGCCGGUUGCCCCGUAUGGGGGAGAUGCAGUGGGGAUGAUGCUCACUGCCAAGGCGCCCGAUCCAUACAUCAGCAGCAACAACGCGUUUUUCGAUCCCAAAGGCCUUCCCGGUCCCUACGAUGACAACCUCUUCUCAAAGCCCCCAGCCUUGGGCUCCUCGCAUAUGGAUGACAUGUACUUAUGCCGGGACGACAUCAACGCCAGCUCCUUCGAGCAGAAGCACGCCAGCAUUUCCCCCUACGCCGCAGAAACGCCGCAGGGCAAGGUCUCCUCCCCUCUCGGCUUCGAUUCCUCUUCAAUAUUUGGAGAGCUUCCCGUCACCGAGUUUGAUCCGCCGCUGUACGAGAGCGUUUCUACGAGCAAGGACAGUUAUGUGACAUUUGCCUGCCCCAGCAAUCCCCCCAGCAAGCCGCUGCCAUUCGAGCAACCGUACCCGCCGUUCAUGCCAGAGAAAGACUGGUCCCUCAUGGAGGAGGUGGCUCCGAUGCUGCCAGAAGACAUGACUCAGUUCCACAGCCUUUCAGUGGAGAAGCCACUAGCCAAGAAAUUCCCCGAGGAAGGACCUGUCCCCACCAGCCAACUCUCCCUGCCGCUGCCCGACAGGAUAACGGAUUAUAACGUGACUUUUAUGAACAACAUAUCAGACGAUGAGCUGGAGAUUAAGCGAUUAGUCACAGAGCUGGAAAGUCAACUGCAAACCAGCAAGCUGGAUAGCGAGGCAUCCGUCGCCCUUCAGAAACCUGAGCAACACGUCGCUGCCCAUCUGCGAGGACAGGCGGCUGAGCAGUUCCCACCGCUGCCAGUCGAGCAGGAGGCGGGCCAGGAGAAAGGACUGUUUUUGGCAGACGAGCUGGGCAGUUCAAGCCUCUGUGCUGGGGAGAGGCUGGAGGGCGAGAAGCCGGCCAUCGUGAGCACCCGCGGGGACUACGAGAGACCCAGGGAGCCCUGGCCCUGCCCGGUGGAGCUGGGCUCGCUGGAGGCAGGGAUGUGCACACCAGCCCCGCUCGCCGUGGACCAUUUCUGCUCCAAAGACAGUGGCGAGCAGCUCCGGGAAGCUGCGGCUGCCGAGGAAAGUGACCCUGGAAAGAUGGAAAAUGGGUCUUCCUCCAAAAGUCUACCUGGCUCACGCACGCCAGACCAAACAGAGGCUCCCGUCUACACAGACCCCAUGACAAAAAGCCCUCCUGUUGUCACCGACUCCGUGUUCCCCAAGGCCCUGGCGGCAGCUGAAGCGACCAAAGAUCCCCUGCCAUCCCUGCCAUGCCAGCGUGGUGCCGAGAGCUCCCCUCUGCCAGGGAAAGCAGAUGAAAGCUUCGCUGAUGCUGCAGAGCUGGAGAAGUUUGAUGCACAUCUUCCAAACCGUAAACCUGAAUUUGGCUUUCAGCAAGGUCCCACCCCAGCCUUGGAUCUCGCCUUUUCGCCUCACAUCAAAGAGGUCCCAGACGCAGAAGAAAGACCCUUAAGCAAGCCCGAGUCACCCAAAGUGGCGAAAAGCGCCAUGGACUUCAAAGGGGAUGGUGGUGGGGCUGCGUUGGUGGAAGAAACGGAGGAGAGGAAGACCCCCACCCCCUAUCCAGCCCCCGGACCAGGCGACAAAGCCAGCAAGCAAAAAGUGCUGCUGUUCGAUAUGCUGAGCCUGCCCAAGGAGAGCGACUGCGGCUCCCAGAAGAUGUUGGCAUGCCAGGAGACGGUUGCCAACCCUCUGCAGCAGCUCCAGCUCUUCGUUGCCCGAACGGUGAAGAGCAACGAAGAGGAGCUGUUGAUGCCGUGCUUCCCCAUGCUGCUUGCUCCUAGCCACCCCUCUGCUACCGCCCGCGUCCAGCCGGAGCAGAAAGAGGAGAGUGGUGGUGCCUCGGAAGGGGAAAAUCGGACAUAUUGCCCUGCCCAAGGGGAGGGGAACGUCCCCAUUGGAGGCAACGCUGAAAAUAUUGCUGCCCCAGCGAAAGAGGCUGUGCUUUUCUCCGGUGCAUGCGAGCAGCUGGAGUCAUUCGGUGCAAUGGGCUCUUACCGUGCAAAACAAUCCACGAUUGCGAAGCCAGAGCUGCACAAUAAUGUAACGGAGCUGCAGCACUUAGCAAAUGAACACGCGGAGCCAAAUGACAUUAAUAUCUGUGCAGAUGGUGUUUCCCAAGAGCGUAAUGACCUCUCGCCACUCAAAAACACAGCGGUGACCCCACUGCCAGGGCAAGGAAAGAAAGCUGAUCAGCUCAUGGAAGAGCAGGAGCAAGAUAAAAACAAAGCGACCUUGGCAUUUAAAAAACACGAGCAAUCCCAUUUAAGCUGUAGUUUGCUUGAGAAAGAAACGCUGGGCAGUGCAGCAGCAGAGAGGCUGGAGAGGAAUCAGGUGGGGCAGGGGGCACAGCCCCUGCGCAGUGCUCCCGCGAGUCCCACCAGCCCCCCCGGUCCCUCUGAGGAGGAUCUCCACCAGGAUCACCACUUGGUGCCGGAGACAAGAGCCGGCGCAGUCAGUGCAAAGGUUCUCAGAGAAGGAAGUGGCAAGAAGAAGUCUCUCAAUGGCUGUCACUACACGGGCGAAUCUCCAGCCAGCCUGCCCUUGCCGACCAAUUUUUCUCACCCCAAAUGCUUGCAAAGCGGUGGGGUCGAGGGAGGAGAGGUCCCCAGCUUCGGCACUCCGCUCUCAGAUGAGAAGAAUGCUUUGGAGAUGGAUGGUCCCCAGAAACCGCAUAGGAAGGACUGCUCUCUUCCCUGCUCGCCGCCUUUCAACCAAGAGGGUGUUGGGAAAGAGGUACCUGAAAGCGCCGGUGCUGUGCUGCCGACCUCUCAUUUUCAAGAAAAUCAAGCAUGCACCGUCACAGAUAUGGUCGUUAACUCCAUUCCUCCGGAAACCCAAGAUUACCCAACCCAGCCCACAACGGAUCUUCUGCCUAUCGGAGAAAGAGAGGUAAACCCGAAUCAAGAGAACAAGCUUGAAAGUUGCUCUGAUGAUGGAAAUAAGCAUCAAAGUGAAACAGAGGCUCUGUCCAAUGGUUUUGUUCAGGUGCCAGCUACUGUCAGUAGAGGUCUUACAAGGAUUGGAGAUCUUGGUCCUGAUGAAUUAAAUGGCCACGAGUUUUCAGAGGCAGCAGAGGGGAGACUUGGUCUUUCCAAAACCACAGAGAGCGGAGGAAAGAGUUUAAAAGGGGAGAAACCCAAAAGCCGUGGGGCUGGAGAAGCUGGGAGUUGUGUGUUAAACAGUAUGGGCCAAGGAGAGGGCAAUGCGCCCAACAGUACUCCAAACCCUUCCCAAAAUGAACUUCACAAAGAAAAGAAGCCAAAUGGGCUCCCGGUGACCUGCGACAUUUGUUCAGCCACUUUCCGGUCCAAGCCUGGCUUGACCAGGCACAAAGCUGUCAAGCACCAGGUGAAGAACGGGGGCGUACCACAGCCCAGCAAGACUCCCAGGUCCACUUUGAUUCCUGCAGACAAGACAUCGAAAGCAGCCCAAAAGGUGCCCAGAAGGAGCCUGAAGGCUUCGGUCAAAGACAAAACCUGCAGCUCACAGAUGCCGGCCACCAACAUUGAACACGUCCCCAAGAAAAUAUGCCCAGACCUGGAGAAAGAGCCCAGCGCACAGAUGCAAGAAGUGGUCAGCAGAGUGCUCAGCGACCUCAGCGUGAUCUCCUUUGAGAUGUCCCAGGAGCUGCACCGCACACGUGUUCUGCAGAGGGAGAUGAAGGCAAAGGGACCGCGCUUGGAGACGAGGGGAGCAGGCGAGGCAGCAGCUGGGAAGCUGUACCAGGGACGGCAAGCCAGGAAGGGAGAAAAGGGCAGAAGGAGCCAAAGCAAAGAUCCUGGAGAGGUGAACAGCAAUUCUGAAAAGAAGCUCAACAGGAAAGUGAGACGAAGGAAAGCAAAGGUAUUUCCCAGCAGAAAUGAGCCCGAUGGUCCAUGUGAGCUGGAGAAGAACGCAGGCCCUCCCCCUGCUCUCCUCAGCUCCAGUCUGCCCAGGAUCAUGGAGGGCUUGCAUGAGCCGGGUGGUUGCAUCUCCACAGAGGAGCAAAAUAGGUCCAACUCAACCCAGCACUCUCAAAAAGCUGAACAGUCCCCUUGUGCAGCUGAGUUUGCAGAGGACCUGGGCGACAGGAUGGUGUCUUCAAAGGAGAUGGACAGCAAGGAGUCAGUAACGGGCACGGCCGCCUGUCCCACGGUCGGGGAGGUGGAAGAUCCAAAUGGAGUGGAAGACACGCAGGCUUGCAAAAAAUGGGUUAGCAGGUUUGUGAAGCAAGUGGAGAAGGGAUUGGGCAAGUUAGGCGAAGAGCAGCAUUGUGGUGCCGAUGGCGCGGAGGAGAUCGAUGCUGAGACAGGAGACAGUCCUGCAGCAGGCAGCGGUGCUGGGAACCGGAGCAGUGCCCCGCAGGGUCCCAUGGCUCCCGCUGAGGAGGGGCUGCCGCUGGAGACGUGUGAUUCAGAAACAACCCAAAAGGCUCCCGGGCAAGACGCUCUGCAGACCGCGCCGGGGACAAGCCCUCCUCCUGCAGACCCAAAGCAAUGGGCGAAGGCAGACGGGCCACUGGGCAGAGAGCACUGCGUGGAGAGCGCGGCUGUCUCAGACCUCCAGAGCUUGUUUGACGAUGACUCCACGUUCUCCCAGCUGUUCCCCCGGGACGACCAGUUCAUCCGGAGAAAGUGCACACGGGUGUAUGGGAAACGCAGCAAGAAACCCAAGCCCGUCACGGAGGUAAACCUCCGGCCAGCGGGUGCCAUCGACCUCUUCACGAUCCGAUUAGCUUCCGACCUCAGCAAAACCAGCUCUUUCUGUGUCACCAGGGAGGACCCUUGCGAAUAUGAAACCAUCUCUGUCGACGACGCCUUAAUGCUAAACAUGUGUCACGGCAGCAAGGCGAAGAGCGGAGAUGCUGCUCCCAGUGGAUCUAAAAGCACUGCGCCGACGUCAGGCUGCGAGAAGACCGACCAAGGGAAGGAGGACAUCGACCUGGAAGACAACAUGCUAACCUUCUUGUGCCAAAACAGCCAAGUGGACAACGUCCCCAGCUUGAACAUCUGGGGGAGUCUGGAGAAGGAGGGAGAAAGCCUCUCUGCCGAGGACAUGUUUGAGCCUCUGAUGGACCUUGAGGAUGAGCACCCGCUCAGAGAAGUGAGCUCCGAGCCCCCUGACCUGGCAGAGGAGCCCUACGAUGGCAAGGCUAACGAAGAGUCAGACUCUCCCGAAUUUCAUACCAUCGACAUCGAGAUGCUGAACGCAAAGCUGAAAAUGAGAGACAUGUGCUUCUUCGGCCCUUGCGAAGAUCUUCCUGGCCACGGGGAGGACGACGCUGUGAGUUUCAGUCCGAAGCCGGGCCAGCACAGCAAGCACAGAAGUAAGCUAGAAGAUGGGAAGCUGGGGAAAAACCGCAGUGAGAUAACCAUCAAGGCCAAAGACAAGCAGUACAAAUGCAAAGUCUGCUUCCAGUGGUUCCUGACGUUAGGGGAGCUGGACUUCCACAAGCUCUCCCAUAACCCUUCCCCUCCGCCUACCUGCUACAUGUGUGUCCAGCGCAAAUUCAGCUCCCGGGAGCAGCUGAGGGACCAUCUGAAGGAGAAGCACGCCAAAAACAAAGCCGGUCUGUGGGCUUGUGGAAUGUGCCUGAAGGAGAUCUCCGACGUCUGGAUGUACAACGAGCAUCUCCGGGAGCAUGCCACCCAGUUCGCGCGCAAGGGGCAAGCGCAGAAAUCCGUGAUGGGCCUGCCAGCCUGCUUCGGUGAGGACAAUGCCGCUGUCACCCACUUCCUCAACACCAUCAUGUAUCGGAAGCCCAGCAGGUCCUCCCGGCACGCCGACCCCAGCAGCAAGCAUGCAGUUAGCAAGGAGAGCAAGAGCCCCAGGGAGCUGCCCCUCGAGCAGGAGGCCAAGGCGAUGAAAGACCCCUUGGAAAGCAACAUCAAGGUGAAGCCACCUGCACCCAGCUCCUCUAAAGCAUCCGCCAGUCCGUCUCCAGAGCACAUGGCAAAAAGCGAAGGCACCCCAAAAUCUGUCCCCAUGCACCCGGACUGCAAGGAUCCUUCCAGGGACUGUCAUCACUGUGGCAAACAGUUUCCCAAACCCUUCAAGCUCCAGCGGCACUUAGUCGUGCACAGUUUACAGAAGAUUUAUUUGUGCCACAAGUGUCCAAUGUUCUACCAGGAGACCAAAGAGCUUCGAAACCACCUCAGCCAGGAACAUGGGAUAGUGGAGGAGCAGGAGAUCAAGCACACCACCCUGUACGCCUGCGAGCUCUGCGCAGACGUCAUGCACGUUAUCAAGAAGUCCUUCAUCUGCAGCAUGUGCAACUACACCUUCUCCAAGAAAGAGCAGUACGACCGGCACAUGGAGAAGCACCUGGUGGGAAGCAACAAGACUUUCAAAUUCAGAGGGGUCAUGAGGCCCGGCGUUGCCUCCAGAGAGGGCAGGGAGAAGGUGAAAGAGGACAGUUCUCUCCGGGAGGGCAUGCCACCGAGCAAGAAGAGGAAGGUUGCUCACCACGGCAGCUCACUCCCGCGCAGCUCGCCGGUCCACCUGGACCCCACUAGUGACCUUCAGCUGGUAGAGGCUGCAAGCCCCAGCCUGCAAGCUCCCACUGACUCCUUCCCUACAGCACCCGGUGACCCAGGAGCACCUCUGCCCCAACCCUCCGUGAAAACAGAAGACCUGGUGGGUGACUUCUCCGACCUCCUGGCGGAGAUGGAGAAAUCCCAGUUUGACACCCUGCCUCCACCACCCUGCCUUUCCCCGUCUUUGCCACAGGCUGCGGCGAGCAGUCCGGAGCUUGGCCAUAUCACUGCCCUGUCUAUCGAGGAGCUGGAGAAAGGAGCGUUUGAUGGGAAAUCACUUCCUUUCUUGGACUCGCCCGAGUUUACCAUUGACCUUGCUGGCUUGGCUUGUAACCAGGCCACAGGCCAAAAGCUCUCUCCUCCACACCUGACCGAGAAACGUGGCUACACCGAUGCCCAUAAAAGAACAAGCGUAGGCAACAAAGACGAAUAUAUAGCGGGUGUCCUGGAAAAUCCCAGUGCAGCCACCGAUGCCGUGGAUGAGAUCCCAUUUCUCCAGCUUGCCAAGAAAGCCUCGGAGCUUCCUUCCCCGCAGGCAGAGGCUCCACCAGCCAAGGAGACCCACAGGUGGGGCAACCCCAGUGCCAGCGACGCCUCUUCUUGGGAAGGUGCAUCUAAGACCACAUCUCCAGAGGCUGCCCACCACCCCCUGCCCCUGAAGGACAAGACGGCAUCGCCCACGCUGACCAGGGCUGCCAGAGAUUCGCCCCUGCAGAAGAAGACCGCGGGUAGCCAGCCCGGCAGUGAGGCGGCUCCUGAUGUGGGCAGCCCCGGCGGCAGCACCGAGGAGGGUCAGCAACCCAUCUCGGGGAAGGAGAAAGCCGUGCCCGAGGCUAAGGACAGCAGCGCUAACGCCAAGGACCAAGGCGGCAACCCAAGCAAAUCCACCAGCCACCAGCCCAGAGGCGAGGCAGCCAGCAACGCCGUGAGGCACGGCCACGUGGAGCCAAGCAAAGCCACCGGCAAGCUUCACCCCAAGAGGCGGAAAGAGCACAAGUCCUUGAGCCACCGGAGCAGCUCCGGCUCCCGGGAGAACAUGGAAGGAGACGGGAAAAAGAAAAAAGCCCGGACCCCAUGCCCGGGGAGGAGCGAGAGCGCCGGCGAGCUCAAACGCGCUGGCUGGAGCAACGCCGAAGCAUCUGCCCUCUCCCCCGGGAGGAGGGAGACGCACUGCAACAAACUGGUACCCAAGCCCAAAACGGGCACCCAGCUGAAGAAGAUGGUCCUGGACACUUACAACCAGAAGAAGGGUGAGCUCCGUCACGCCAACGGGGAUGUGAAACGCAGGAAGGCCAUUCUGGGGAAGAGCCUCCACCAAGUGUUGGCCAAGGGGCCAGCGCCAUCCCCGCGUGGCUCCUUGCACAGCCCGCGCGCCGCCCGGGGUGCCAAGCCGGCCGGCUCGGCCCGCUACCGCACCGCCGAGUCCCAGAACAACCUGCUAAGCCAACUCUUUGGGCAAAAAUUAACUAGCUUUAAAAUUCCUUUAAGAAGAGAUACUUCAGAGUAA